AUGCAGCUGGCAUGGUUGCUUCUUGGGGCGGCCCUGGCUGUGGGAUCAGCCGGGAAGUUGCCAAAUGCGACCUGCGAGCCAGACACGCAGGAACCACAGGUCCUCCUCCAACGGUUUCAGCAGAAAGCUGUCCUGCCGGAAGAGGGCCUCGCUUCCAGCAAUAACCGGCCUCCUGCCGGCAGCAGCAGGCCAAGAAAGCCACAGAAGAAGGCCAAGACCUUGGCAGAGCUCACCGACGACCUUCGGUCUGUUACGGAUGAGCUGUCAGCCAACUCUCAGGCCAUAUCCGGAAGCGGAGAGGGUUUUCAAGAUCUGCUUCCGAAGUAUGAGUCUCUGUACGCCGAUCUCUCAGCGGCCGUCCGAGCGAUCACGCCUGCGCGAAGUUGCAGUUUUCCCAUCAGCAACAUGGAGAGCCAUGCCAGCUCGAACAACACCAUCCUGCCCGGCUGUCCGCUGAUUUGGGAUGCCUUGCAAGAGCUCUUCCUCUACUGCAACCUCGGCGAGUCCAGCCGCCUGGUGACAGCCACCACAUGCAAUGGUCAAGGUACCGCGAACUUCGACCACCAGCUGGCAGCUUUCAAGAGCUACAAGAACGCCUGCUCCCGUGUUGGCUGCGAUGACAACACCAACGGCAACCUCGCAUGCGGAGACAAGUGGGCGCUGGGGAGCUUCGACCCGCGCACGACCAUGCAGUUUGUUGCCGAGCCGGGCGCUUGCGUAUACAUCGUGCAGCAGCCGCACCGGGGUGCGAAGGGCAGCGAGACCGACAUGCUCUACAUUACCAGCGAGGCGAGCAUGGGCCAGCUGGCAAGCAAGCUCGACGCGCUCUUGCAAGGUGUUCAAGAGCAGAGGAGGGACGCCGCUGAACAACGGCGUCUGCUUCAAGACCUGGAGCAUCGUGUCUCUGUGCCCAAGCAACGCGCCGCAGAAGGAGCCGCAGCCAGUGCGGACAGGGCCCCUACAGCCCUUGAGGGCUUCGGGUCUUUCAAGAAACUCCGUGAGGUCAAGGCUUCUGCAAAGGCGUCUAGCUUCGAGCUUUGUCCGCAGGCAAGCAAUCGCCAGAUCCUGACCCAAGGAAACUCCCUUCGUCACGGCAAGUCCCAGGAGAAGGUUUCCGCAAAUCUGGGUUCAGUCUGCGACGCGGAAACAGAAGUUCCAGUAUUUCAGCCUUUCGGCAACGGCUCGUACACUGUUGCGUGCUGUGCCAAAAGUUCUGUCCACUGCACGGGAUGUGCUGAGUUGUCAGAGGCAGGUGAUGCCUGCAAUCGAUGUUCUGGUGGAUAUGUUCAGGGACCUGACGGUGUCUGUGAAGCCUGCAUGGACGUGGUUGCUUGGACCGAUGCGGCGGGGCUCUCAUGUUCCGCUUUAACAAGUCCAAGUGCUUGCACAUCUGUGAGGGUGAACCAGUACUCGUCCAUGGAAGCUUGCUGCCAAUGUGGCGGCGGCCACCGGGCUGGCACGGCCUUCACGUACUACGUGGGCCCAGCGGUCUUAGGUGCUCCGAGCAUCGUGGGGCAUCCAGUGCCCCGAACAGCAACCAACUACAUGCUCAACGAGGGUUGUGAGCUCUUGAAGCAUGGGCUGACGAUCAGUGGCAAAACAGGAGAGCUGAUGUUCGCAGAAGGGUGCAGCGCACUUGGCUGCGGCGCAACGGACCCCUUCUCCGUGUCCUGUACCGUCACCGCCCAAAGCUUCAUCAACUUCGAGCCACGCUUCGAGCGUUCGUUCUCGGCCUCGGUUGCAGGCAAUGUUUCUUUCGACACUGUGAGCUGGUCCACAGCGGUCGUCAAUGACACAGAGCUGCUGACAGACAGGAACUACAAGUUCACAGGACUUGGGGGUUACGCGUCCGAUUGCCUCUAUCUCCGUGGACCCAAAGAUCUGCGUCUAACUUCAUCUUCAGAGGCCGCUAAGCAGAGAGCCUUCCGAUGUUGUUUUCUAAUGACCCCGAUCCGCACCCUGUGCACCUUGGAGGUUCAGUGGCAGAUUCAAGCUCCUUUCCCUUCGAUGGUCUAUUUGGAUAUGUGGGCGAACCAACAGGUUGAUGGCUUUGCAAACUGGGCAGACGCGUCCAGUUGGACACAGUCCGCUAUGCAGGGCAUCCAGAAUGGGUUACUCUAUGGGCCCGGUCCAGUUUACAACCGGUCUUUCUCGGCGGGCGAAGUCAUCAAGCUUCACGGCAAUGAUGCGGAAACCGCAAGCUACUUGGCUUUCGUGUGCCCGACUGGCCCACGUGAGCUUCCCUUCGUCGCCAUCGCCAACGCAAGUGCAGGUGAAGCCGAUGACAUGGUGAAGUGGUCGACUGCAGAAGUCGGGCAGACCCUAAUCUGGGAAGACCGGGAGACAUUGUUCUUCUCCGAUCUCGGAGGCUACGACGAAGCUUGCUACCUGGUUCGCGGGAAGAAUGACGACAAGAACACCGCAUCUUCACAGGUACAGUGGACCUUGCGGAUGCCUUUUCCUUCCCAGGUCUACCUGGACAUGUGGGAUGGGCAGGAAGCUUUGGGUUUUGCCAGCUGGGCAGACCGAUCUUCCUGGUCGCUGUCGUCAAUGAAAGGCAUCGAGUUUGACGGCCUAGGCCCAGGAAAGGUGUACGGCCGCGCCUAUGAGGCCCAUGAGACGGUGGAGCUCUACGGCAAUGAUGGUAGCGGCACAGGAACCUACCUGGUGUUCGUGUGUCCGUCCCGAUCGACGACCACGACGGCAUCUGCAGAGCUGACAGUGACAGCCUUCCAGGGCUUCUCCUACGGGACGUCACCUCUAAUUUUCUUGUCCGAUGAGGGCUACUUACCAAGCUCCGUGCAAAGUGGAGCAUACCAAGACCUGGCUUGUGCCCCAAAGGACAUUGCAGACGCCAUAAGCCUGAACACCAGCACUGGCGAAGUUUCUUGGGCUGCUGCUUCUCCCAGGGGUGGUCUCACCUUUGCAGAGGGAGGUCCUUUCAACGGCACAGCAGGCGGAAUUUGCCAGCUGAGCCAAGGGAGUUCUGUCACAUCGUUCGUUGUCCUGAAGCCCGAGAUCUGGACUUCACUUGACUACGGCAGCUGGACCAAUCUCUUGGGAUUUGCAUGA